AUGAAGCUCGAUUCUGUGGCUACUGACACUGGAAGUGACGGUGAUGAUAAUAAAAAUGGCGACGGAGAUGGUUCUCGGGUUACUAACAGUACGGAAUCAAAGGAGCUUUGGCAUGGGAAGUUCAUAGGUAGUGAAGGAGACUGGGACAUUGAAACGGAGCCUAGGUUUUCUGAAAUGAAAAGAGAGAAUAGUUCCCAGGUCAAAGACGAAGACGCCGGUGACCAAUUUUAUGAGGUUUGCGACGAAGAUGAUGAGAAGAAACUAGGUAUGGCUUCGAAGGAGGAAAAGCGAGUUCCGGAUUACAAUACUUUAUUAUCCGAGUUCGACGAUUAUGUUGCAAGCGAGGGAGUGAGUUCUGGAGCUUCUAGGGCACUCAGCCAUGGGUUUGAAGUGGGAGAUAUGGUAUGGGGAAAGGUAAAGUCGCAUCCAUGGUGGCCAGGUCAUGUAUUCAGCGAAGCUUUUGUGUCGCCUUCUGUACGUCGUAUGAGGAAGAUGGGUCACGUUCUGGUUGCUUUCUACGGAGAUUGUAGUUACGGCUGGUUCGAUCCUGCUGAGCUUAUUCCAUUUGAGCCCCAUUUCGCAGAGAAGACUCAGCAAACUGUUUCGAGUAACUUUGCAAAAGCUGUGGAAGAAGCUAUGGAUGAAGCAGGUAAAAGGUCAGCUCUUGGGUUGGCUUGUAAAUGUCGGAAUCCUUUCAACUUUAGGCCUAGUAAUGUUCAAGGUUACUUUGCUGUUACUGUGCCUGGUUACGAGCUCCAAGUUGUCUACUCCUCUAAGCAGAUUAAGAAAGCUAGAGAUAGUUUUUCUUGUGCUCAGACUCUCUCGUUUGUGAGGCGGUGUGCUUUAGCACCUCAAGACUGUGAUUCAGAUUGCUUAAAGUUUUACCAGAAGAAAGCAGCGGUUUGCGCUUUCCGCAGGGCAGUGUUUGAGGAGUUUGAUGAAACAUAUGAAGAGGCCUUCAGGGCGAAAUCUGCAUACACUUCAGCGACGACGCAGGAACCAAUUAAGAGAGCAACCCCUCGAGGUAGCACCGCCUUUCAGCGAUCCUGGCAUUGUUUGAAUUUGUUUCUUAUAUUUCUGCUUCCUCCGUAUCACAGAAAUGCGGUUGAUAUUCUUGAAAACCCUGGGCCUUUUAGGGUUGUUAAUGAAGUCCCCUUGAGUGGUCCACUGGUCACUGCAGAAACUCUGGGCGACCCGAAGACUUCUAGAAACGCUAUCAAAGUCCAAGCAACUUCUCAGCUUCAGGGCAUCAAUGGAUCCUCAACCGGGAAACAUGUAUUGCAGAGAAGGACUCCAUAUCUCAAAGCUCCCAUGAAACAUGAGCAGACUGGGCUUGUCAGCGUGGACUUUAUCUCUCCAAGUGGUGACAUUCCUGGAAAAUUCUCGGUUUCAAAGCUAUCUCGUGAUGAUGACAAGUGUUUAGCUCAAGAACCAAAAUCGGUGAGAAUGGGAGAAAAAGCUGCUCUAUUCUCAGAGCAUGAGAAAUUUGAAACAAUGGCCAGCGUUAAACAAGUUGAGACUGGCACGCAUCCUAGAUCAAACGAAGGCCUUCUCGAGCCCUUUAUUGAGAGGAAAUGUGCUGCAGGGGAUGGGAUCAAGAAGGUCAAUGUCCUCAAACGGUCUUCUGGAGAAAUGGAUUCUGAGAAUGCGACGAAAAUGAAAAAGAAGAAAGAGUCUCGGUCAGAGCAGACUCGUUACAGUGCAGACAAGAGGAAAACUUUGUCUUCUGAAGAAGCUCGGGCCAAUAAAUCAUCACAAUUAGACUCAACAGGAAGGCACUUCAAUAUGUUGACUGGGAGAAGCUCUAAACUCGACGUUCUGCAGAUGUUGAGUAAUUUGCAAGCUCUCUCGCUUGAACCGUUCCAUGGAUCCUCGAAUAUAAGCUCUAUUAGAGCUGUAAGGCAAUUCUUUCUGCGUUUCCUGUCACUUAAUUACCAUAAAAGCUUGGACAUAUCUCCUCCUACAACAAAACCGUCAAAAUCUGCAAAGGCGUUGAGAAGCACGAACGAACCAUCAAAGGCCGGGAGAAAACGCCUCUCGUCUGACCAGCAACAAGACGUCCCAUCAACUAAGAAGCUAAAGAAAACUAAUCGGUUCAAAACAUUGCCUUCUGAUAAGAAAACCAACCAAGAAGAAAAGAAGAGAUCAAAUUUUGCACCUUUAAAUCCAGUAAGACACGAAAGUGGUCCAGUCCCAAUCAACGCCAAAGCUCAAGCAGGAAAGAAGACGAAGGAAAUUGUUCCCACGAUGCUGGUCAUGAAGUUUCCUCAUGGUGCAUCUCUCCCUUCGACCGCUCUGCUUAAGGCGAGGUUCAGUCGGUUUGGACUGUUGGAUCAAUCGGCCAUUAGGACUGCCUUAAGAUAUGCAUCAGGAAGCAACUCUCUCUUUGGCAACGUGAAUGUGACCUACUUUCUGCGUGACGUGAAAGUUUCUUCUGCAUCCGAGGGUCAUGAACCGAAGAAGGCCAAGACAGAUGAACCGCUGAACCAGCGGCUAGAGCGAGCACAGCCGGUUCACCAACCAAGCAUCCAUCUCAAAUCCUGUUUAAAAGAGCCAGGCAAUAACGGCAAUGGUAACCGCGGGAAAGCUCGAGUCAGAUUCAUGUUGGGUGGGAAAGAGACAGGGACACCAUUUCUGGUUUCGGGUAGAGACAAUCGAAAUUGCGCAUCAUCAUCUGUUGCAAUGGAAUAUGUUCCGAACACUCAAAACAUGGUUCCAUCAGCAUUGCCUUGGUUAAACUCAAAAGCUAAGCUGUGA